CUGUCAGGCUCGUACUCCUCAAAAUCAGAACGUAAACAAGACUUUUGGUUUGAGAGCCACAGCAGCGUCAACACUUCGAGAUGGGAGAACGUAAAGGAGUCAACAAGUACUAUCCUCCUGACUAUGACCCAAAUAAAGGAGGCCUCAACAAAUUUCAGGGCACGCACGCCUUGCGCGAGCGUGCCCGAAAGUUACACAUGGGCAUUCUCAUCAUACGAUUUGAAAUGCCCUACAACAUCUGGUGUGAAGGAUGUGAAAACCACAUUGGCACAGGUGUAAGAUACAACGCAGAAAAGAAGAAAGUUGGAAUGUAUUAUUCAACCCCCAUUUAUCAGUUUCGGAUGAAGUGCCAUCUUUGCGACAAUCACUUUGAGAUUAAGACAGACCCAGCUAACCUAGACUAUGUGAUAGUGAGUGGGGCAAGGCGGCAGGAGAGACGAUGGGACCCAACUGAAAAUGAGCAGGUUGUUCCUGAAGACAAGGGGGUCACACGUAAGAUGGCAGCUGAUGCCAUGUUCAAACUAGAACAUGGUGUAGAUGACAAGAAUAAAUCAAAAAAAGUAGACCUUACUCUGAGGCAACUAGAGGAAUUCCAGACGGAGCGUUGGUUUGAUGACUACGGCGCAAACAGAGCCAUGAGGGCAGCAAUGCGAGUAAAGCGCAACGAGGCAAAGGCGCAGGAGGCAAAAGAUGCCUCGUACAACUUCUUGGAUCCACUGCUUCCACCUGAUGAUAGUGAUGCCAAGGUUGCCAAGCUGCUUCAGUUUACACAGUCCAAAACAUCAGAUCAGCUACGUAAUGAAAAGCGAACACUGAUUGAUGCCCAGUCAGUAUUUGCACGCCUAAAACACAAGAAGAUCUCCCCAUCAUCCAAGAAGGCCUAUGCCCGCCAGUCUAUAACAGGCAUCAUCACCCAAUCCCAGAAGAACUUUAGCAACUUCAAGAACUCUGGUGCUACCCAAAAUCUGGGCAUAAUUCCUAAAAAGGUUUGCUCAGGGAUGUCUUCCAGUCACUUGCCACAGGAGGACGAAGGCAACAGGGAAGGUGUGGAUCCUCAAACCACAUCUUCCACUCAUGAAGGCAAACAAGAAUGCAGUACUUCUCCCCAAUCCAACAACAUGACACUGGAAACAUCACCUUCCAAUAAUGUGCUCGAUUCUGCAACAAACCAAAGCAGGGCCAGUCAGAGUUGUAGUGGCAUAGGAGUGAAUCUUGGCAGCCAAAAUACGCUAAGUAGCCUCGUUGGGUAUGACAGCAGUACGAGUGAUAGUGAAUAAUUUAAUCAACUUUGUUGAGCCUGUACUCUUAUUAAGGUUUUAAAAAAAUGUGAUAUUGAUAUAUAAUGCAAAUUUUGAGUUGUUUAAAUUAAACAAUAUUGUACAUAUUUUCUUCUGUGGCAUGUACAUUGUUAUUAAAGAAAACAUGAUCUAUUACUUUAGAAAUACAGUAGAGCUUAUAUAAAGUGAAUCUGACAAA